AUGGGUCUUACCAGACUGUCCCAAUUGAAUUGUCCGUCAGGCACCAGACUGCACAUCCUCAACUUGGGAACCCUUCAAGCUGAUGAAGGAUUUCUCAUUCGCGGGGCCAAUACCAGUCUGGUGAGCGAGACGAACCCGGUGAGCAAGCGGCGGGACUUGAUGGCCAUUGCUGUGUUGAUUGAUCAUCCCGAUGCGGGACUGUUGCUGUUCGAAACUGGCUGCGCAGAGAAUAUCGAGACGCAAUGGGGUAGACCCAUGACCGAUGUCUUUCCUCGGACGGAGUACAAGGAGGAGCACAAGCUACCCAAAGCGAUUAAAAAGGCAGGAUACAAUAUCAAGGAUAUCAAAGGGGUGAUCUUUGGGCAUCUGCACAUCGACCAUGCCGGGGGAUUGGAGCACUUCAGGGGAACGGACGUGCCGAUAUAUGUCCACGAACUCGAGUUCAAGCAUGCCUGCUGGGCCGUCGCUACCGGCGCUGACCGUGGGGUCUAUCUCGCCGAUUACCUCAGCCUUUCCAGUCUUAAUUGGCAGACGUUUCAUGAAUCUUCCACUGAUCUGUUCCAAGGAAUCACUCUCCAUCAUGCGCCAGGUCAUACGCCGGGUCUGUGUAUCAUGCAGGUCAAUCUGGAACGGGACGGAACCAUCAUCUGCACAACGGACCAGUACCAUGUGAGAGAGAACCACCUGGAGAAGAUGCCACAGGGCUGGCUGGCGCGGGAGCACAAUGACUGGGUCCGAAGCUCCGCGAUGGUUAAUCGGUUGCAGCGACUUUUCAACGCAAGACUGUUGUAUGGCCAUGACAAGGAGGUAGCUGAGGCUAUGAUCAGAGAAAAGGAAUUUUUUCAAUAG